AUGGAAGCAACAUCGUCUUCUUCAAUUACAUCUGAUGAUAUUGUCAAAAUAGACACACCAAAAGUAAAUGAAUCCGACCCUUCAACUUCUAACUUUCAAGACAAAGAUGUACCAAUAAUAGAUGAGCAAGCACAACCUGAAAACGUUGAAUCAGUAAUUGGAAGAAACAUGUUAAAAUUUAGUUCAUUUUUACGCGAGGUCACUGGAUUAUCUCUAGAUAGCACCAAGACGGAAGAGGAGGCAAAUUCUACAACAAAUUUAUCAUCACCAUCAACUACAUCAACUAAUCAAGAAUCAAUUAAUGAAACAACAGAAGAAAACAAAUUAAAUUCUCCAAUAAUAGUACUAGGUCAAGAAUUUUAUUCCAAAAUUAAAGCAAUUAAAUAUAUUCAAAAUAAUUUACUUUGGCUUUCUUAUAGGUGUGGAUUUGAACCAAUAUUAAAAUCAGAAGAUGGUCCACAACCAAUACAAUUUUUCCCCUCGAUAAUUUUUAAUAAAACAAUAUUAACUAAUCCUAAUAAUUUAAAAGUAUUAUUUGAUAAAGAUAAUUUUACAAGUGAUUCUGGUUGGGGUUGUAUGAUUAGAACAUCACAAAAUUUAUUAGCUAACACCCUAAUUAAAAUUAAUGGAAUUGAUAAAGAAACUGCAAUUUUAAAUUUAUUUCAAGAUAAUUCAAAUUCUUUAUAUUCUAUUCAUAAUUUUAUACGUGUUUCAAGUCAAUCUUCAUUACAAUUAAAACCUGGACAAUGGUUUGGACCAAAUGCUGCUUCAUAUUCAAUUAAAAAAUUAACUGAUGAAUCAAAUAAUAAUGAUGAUGAUAGAUUACGACUACUUGAAGAAAAUAAGAUCAACGUUCCAUACAUUCAUAUUAGUGAAAAUUGUGAUUUAUAUGAUGAUGAAAUUAAAGAGAUUUUCACAAAUCAUAAAAAAUCAAUACUACUAUUAUUUCCAGUUCGAUUAGGAAUAGAUCAUACAAAUGAAUAUUAUUUUAAAAGUCUUUUAACCUUGUUGGCAUCACCAUAUUCAGUAGGUAUAGCAGGUGGAAAACCAUCAUCAAGUUUUUAUUUCUUUGGUUAUGAAUCUACUGAUCAAAAUGAAAAUGAACUAAUAUAUUUUGAUCCUCAUUUACCUCAAAUUAUUGAGUCACCAAUAAAUCUACAAAGUUAUCAUUGUCAAAAUUAUAAUAAAUUAAAUAUAAAAUAUAUUGAUCCUUCAAUGAUGAUUGGUAUAUUGAUUAGUGACAUGAAUGAAUAUAAUCUAUUCAAAAAACAAUGUGUUGAAACAAAUAAUAAAAUUAUUCAUUUCCAUCCAAUUACUUUAAUUGAAAGUCAUUCUUCAAUUAAUCAAUCUUGGGAAGAAGUUAAUGAAGAAGAUGAUUUUGUGAAUUUAAAUGUGAGUAAGAAUGAAGAAGAGUUUAUAGAUUUAGGUAACAAAUGA